UUGGGUUACCCCUGCUGGUAGCCUUGUGGUAACACAAUCCAAAUAUGCAUUAGCUACUUUUGCUGGGCUGUGUUGUCUCUUGCUAAUUGGUGCUAAACACAAGGUAGGCUACAUCUUAAACCGCUAAUCUAAAUUGGUAAGCAUUGCAAAACAUUAGCAUGUUAGCAUUGUCAACGUGAACAUAUUAGCAUACUGACUUUAGCAUUUAGUUGAAAACUCUGCUGUGCCUAUAAGUGAAGAGCGGCAUGGCUAUUUGGGUUAUUCCCUCAAUACCCUGUAUAAGUGUCAAGCUACAAUUAGUUCUUAAUGGCUGACAUAAACUCAGCGACUGGUUUAUUGGGUACACCUGUUCAAAUAAUGCAAAUAAAGAAUGAAUCAGUCAAUCCUGUGGUAGUCUUGCAUUGCCAGACCUAUCUUCACAACGCUUGAAUUUGUUAAAGUGAUUAUUUUGACAUUAUAUUAUUCUCACUAUUAAUAUUUUCUUGAUUUACAAUUAAAUGAAGUUAAAAUAUUAAGUUCUGGAGUGUCUUUGUUUUGAUUAACCUUCACUGCUGUAUCAAUGUCACCCAUUUCCCCAUUUCAUGUAAAUGUAAUGCUCAAACUGUAAGUGGGGUAGGCCACUGUUGCAGCAUCUUUGAUUAAUGUGAAAGAGGAACUAUGAGUCUGCAACAACUUAAUAUCUACAGUGCAAUUCACCACAAGACGUGGCAGCUGUUGUUCAGGAAAACCUACAAUGGCAAACAACUUCACAGGGAGCGACGGAGGUGCAAACAACAGCGGUGAUGUGGGAUAUCUUAAUGAUGAGACAUUUACCUUUAACACCAUUACUGGUGCCUGCUUUAUUUUGAUCUUCAUCUUCAGUGUCAUGGGAAACUGUUUCCUGUUAUGUGUUCUUGUUGUCUAUGAGAACUUGAAAAAUAUCACAAAUCUAUUUAUCCUGAACAUGGCCUUCUCUGAUUUGAUCUUCACUGUCACACUUCCAUUCUGGGCUGUCUAUCACCUGCACCACUGGAUCUUUGGGGACUUUGCCUGCAAAUGUCUGACUCUGUUAUACUUUUUAGGUUUUUACAGUAGCAUCAUUUUACUGACUGCCUUGACUGUGGAUCGUUUCAUAACGGUGGUGCUGUACAACUGGCCAAGCAAGCCUGCAAAGAGGCAGAGGUGUGCAAUGGUUGCCUGUGCAGCUGCCUGGGCCAUCAGCAUUGCUGCAUCUGUGAGUGAUGCCUACAAAGUACAGGUGAACAGCCACUUGCAUUAUUCAACAUGUGAGGAAUCCUCAGAUGUCUCUGAUGUAAAGCUGGGAUACUAUCUCCAAGUGUCACUGCUCUUUUUCCUCCCAUUUGCCAUUAUUGUUUUCUGCUAUUCUGCCAUCCUCAAGACAGUUUUGCAGGCGACAAGCAGAAAAAGGCACGUGACUUUAGUGGUGGUGUUAUGUAUUGUUGCAACCUUCUUCAUCUGCUGGGGACCUUACAAUAUUUUGCUUUUCAUCUGGUCAUUGUAUGAACCCGAAAGCUCUGAUGAGGAGGAACGCUUUAACAUUGCGUAUGAAAUUUGUCGUAUACUUGCUUAUUCUCACUGCGGUAUGAACCCUCUGCUCUAUAUGCUCUCACAAAAGUUUCGAAGGCAUCUUUUGAAUCUUUUAUGCUGCAAAAAAGCAAGGAGGAAGAACAGGGGAAGAGAAACUGGUCAGAACACUUCUGUUUUUCAGAAUGUAGCUUUUACACCACAAAACUCUGCUGUUAUGUUAGAACUACAUUCCAGGUAGGCUUUCGAAAGGUGUAAAUAUGCAAAGGCUUUUGUGUAAUGUAUUUAUGUUUACUGAAUUCUACCAAUGUUUUGACUAUUUCCUGUGUCAGUGUGUAUAAUAACAAUAAUAAUAAUAAUAAUAAUAAUAAUAAUAAUGUAUGGGAAUGGUUUAAAUGCUUUGCUUUCUCAGCCUUUAUGAAUGAACUUUGCUGUGCUGUUACUGUAAUACAUUUGAAUAAAAUUAAGCUGGAAUCUA